GAAGAAAAGCAGAGCAGACAGCAGAGCUGCCAGGCUUGACAGCAGCCUGAGAGACAAACCUCCUCUCCAGAGGAAGGGCGAGCAGGCAGCAGAGACUAUGGAGCUCACCUCAGCCCCUCUCCACAAAGGGCAGGUCCCCUGGAGGGGUCUCCUGCUGGCAGCCUUACUUUUAGCCUACUGGAACUCUCCUGUCAGUGCCCAAGUCACGGUUGAAGCAGUCCCGACCCACGUUGCUGAAGGGGCAAACGUUCUUCUACAGGUCCACAAUCUGCCAACGACACUCCAAGUCUUUUACUGGUACAAAGGAGACACUUUGGCUGACAGUAAUGAAAUUGCACGAUUUAUAAUAUCCAGUAGUACAAAUAGUACAGGGCCUGCACACACUGGCAGAGAGACAAUAUACCAAAAUGGAUCCCUGCUCUUCCAGAACGUCAUGCAGAAUGACACAGGAACUUACACGUUUCAUAUGCUAACAGCAAAUUUUGAUAAUCCGACAAAAUCCCUGCAGUUCUAUGUACACGCACCGCUACCCAAGCCCAACAUCACAAGCAACAAUUCUAAUCCCAUGGAGGGUGAGGACUCGGUAGCAUUAAUGUGUGAGCCUGAGACUCAGAAUACAGUCUACCUGUGGAGGAUAAAUGGCCAAAGCCUCUCAGAAGGUGACAGGCUGAAGCUGUCCAUCGACAACAGAACUCUCACUUUACUCACUGUUGUGAGGACUGACACUGGACCCUAUGAGUGUGAAACCCGGAAUCUAGUGAGCACCUCCCGAAGUGACCCAUUGACUCUGAACAUUACCUAUGGUCCAGAUGUCCCCAUCAUAUCCCCCUCAGAUACUCAUUUCCAGUCAAGGACAAACCUCAGCCUCUCCUGUCACGCAGCCUCUAACCCACCCGCACAGUACUCCUGGUCUGUCAAUGGAGAGCUCCAGGCAUCCUCCCAAGAGCUCUUUAUCCCCAACAUCACUACUAAUAAUAGCGGAUCCUAUACCUGCCUCGUCCAUAACUCUGUCACUGACCUCAAUAGGACCACAGUCAAGAACAUUACUGUCCUUGAGCCUGUGACUCCGCCCUCCAUCCAAGUUGCCAACACCACAUUCAAAGAACUGGAAUCUGUGUCCCUGACCUGCGACUCACAGGACAUUGGGAUCUCCAUCCGUUGGCUCUUCAAUGGCCAGAGUCUGGGGCUCACGGACAGAAUGAAGCUGUCUGAGAACAACAGCACCCUCAGUAUAGACCCUGUCAGAAGGGAGGAUUCUGGGAAGUAUGAGUGUGAAGUCUCCAAUCCAGUCAGUUCUGAGAGGAGCAAUCCCAUCCAGCUGAACAUAAUACCUGACCCGACGCAAGGAAGUUCUGGCCUCUCUGCGGGUGCCAUCGCCGGCAUCGUGGUUGGAUGUGUGGCUGGGGUGGCGCUGAUAGCAGCCCUUGCGUAUUUCCUUUAUUUCAGGAAGACUGGCCGGGGAACUGACCAGCGCGAACUCACAGAGCAUAAACCCUCAGCCUCCAACCACAAUCUGGGCCCCUCUGACAGCUCUCCUAACAAGGUGAAUGAAGUCACGUAUUCCGUUCUGGACUUCAGUGCCCAGCGACCCAGACCACCAGAUUCAGCCUCCCCCUCCCCCAGAGCCAUAGAAGCAGUUUAUUCAGAAGUGAAAAAGAAGUGAUCACAGUCUGCCCUGCUGGCUACACCAGUGAAGCAUUUCCAGACUCUGUCCCUUACUAGAUCUCUCUACCCUAGAGAUGAGGGAACAACGCACGCAUGUAGGCACACAUGUUAUGGCAGCUCCAGGCCACAGCCUCUCCUUCAGUGUCAAUAGAAGGAAAAGUAUUCUGGGAGCCUACAGGAAACCCAACCUUUCUUGGAAUUGAAAUUUGGCUGAGAGAGAGGCACCAGAACUGUCUGCCCCUGGCCUGUUUUAAACUGACCUAUUCUGAGCGCAUUCAUUCCUCCCCAACUCCAAGUCCUUCCCUAUCGUAUUCUGACUUGAAUUUCCAUAACCUUGGAAGUCACCUACAUGCCUAUGCCAAAAAACCAAAGGAAAAGCAGGAAAUGGCCAUUCCUGUGUCGUUAGAGCCUGAUGAGAAGCCACCACGUGAAGCCCGAUGUGAGGCAGGAAGACCAGCCUGUUGCCAACAGUUCACCAGGAAAUCGCCACGCCCAGCUGAGGCAUCAGGGUCUCUGUACUUCAUGGCUUUACCCCUGAGCCCUUCUCUGAGCCUUUCUCCAGAAAACCCACUCAAAGAAGCUAGAAAAGCUCUGUGGCAGCAUCCACAGGCCACUGCUACAGCAGAGUGCAGACGCCUCUACAUCUGCCAGGGAAGUGUCCGGAAGAACAGGGUUGGUGGCUUUGUACUGGCAGUCUCCUGGAACUUGAAAAAGGAACAGAGAGAGACCCCUUUGUAGAGCAUUGGAACUGUGUUAAAAGAAGCCAUGUUCUGAGAUACUGGAGUUUCCUCUCUCUAAGACAAUCGCCUCUUUGAGUGUUUGUAACUGCUGGUUUGCCUCACUAUGGGAGCUGAUGGGUCUGCCUCAGGGGAGAGAAGCCACUGAAUCUCUGGCUCCCUUGGCCAGGAUUGAAAGGCCUCCCAAGCCCUUUUGAUCAGGAGUUCCAACCCAAAAUACAUAAAUGAAUAGCAAGGCAGUCACUUGCAGAACCACUGCCAAGUGUCAGGCUAAGCCCCCUACUUCCCUGAAUUAGUCAGAAAAGCCUGACUUUUCCUUUUUCCAUUUUUUAUCUUCUCUGUCAGACACUGACCAGGGCCUAGGCCAUCUUCCUUUGGCACUUUGGGCUUCCUCAUUCUUUUCCUGAAGCUCUCCCUCCCCCACCCUGUGCAGGUGCCAGCUGACCUCCUGCCCGACUCAAAGGCCAUUCCUCCUCUACUCCGAUGAGGUGUCCAGCUUGUCUACCUUAUUGUUUUUCUUUUAAACUCUAAAAGAAAAAAAUUGCCCUCAGCUUCCAAAAAUAAAAUAACAAUGGGCUUUCAUCAUUCCCGCCAGAAGGAGACCUAACUCAGUUUCUGGAGAUCUAGGACCAGCCUCCAAGCACCGUUCGGGAGUGCUCCUGCCUGUGCCCUUUUCCCUUUCUUUGUCUUUUCUUUUUGACUUUUUUUCUAGACAGAGUUUUAGCAUGUAGCCUGCACAGGCUUCGAUCUCACAGUAAUGCCUUCUCCAACCUGCCAGCUGCUGAGAUUGCAGCCGAGGCCACCAGGCCCGGCUCCCUAUGCAUGCCCUGUCUGCCCUGCACUCUCAGGAAACCUUGGACUCUGCUACUAUGUUUGGUCCACGUGAAGCGUGCCUUUAAAAGACACAGCCACUCAAGCAGAAGGCAUUGUUUACAGCCUAGAGCGCUCUGCACUGGUGCUCCACGGGGAAUGUGGGCUAUUAGCGGGGUGCUCUUACCCAGCCCCAGGCUUUCUGCGGCUUCAGAAACCUACCUUUCCCAUCUGGGAUGAGGCCCAGCAACAGGAGGAAGAUGUGGUCUCAGGGACCCUCUGUUCAGAGGCACACCUACACUGUGAUCAUUAAGCGAAGGUUUUACUGGAUAUUGAGUGUUUGUGUUCAUGCCAUGCCUAACAGGCCUUCUAAGACAAUUAUUUUUGAGUUCUCCUACUCAGGGAUUUCUUUCAGGGAUUUCCAGUCCAAACAUAGUCUGUGUAUACUUUCCUUUAGCCGUGCUAGUCUGGAUUAUUUAAUUUUGCCUGGCUAAAGCCAAAUCUGAGUUAUUUGUAAAUUUCUCCCAAGUUCAUAAUAAAAAAAUUGUCAUAUAUCACUAA